AUGGAUAAGUUAGAGGCUAAGGAGUCAAAUAAAUUGUCUGCACAAAAAAUGAUCAACCUGCGAAAUGUAAAUGCCAUUACUUUAAGAACGAGGAAGCAAGUACAAGGCUCUGAGGGAGCCCAAGAGGAUGAAGAUAAGGAGAAAGAAGAAACCCAAAUUGACGACAAUGGAGUACCAAGUGAACCAUCACCUAAGACUAUCGCUAAUAAAUCCAGACAAGGUUUUUCUUCCCAUCUUCCAUCUGUGUCGGGUUUAAUAUUACAGGAAUUGAAGCAUGCCAAGUUGAAUUUAACCAGAACUACUGUUGAUCUCGCUGAUGUCCAAACUUCUGUCGAAUCUCUAAAUAAGAAGUUAGAGAAGGAAAGAAUCUCACUUGAGAAAACGCUAUUGGAGAAAGAACUGAUCUUGAAAGAAAGGGAAACUCUUGAUGUGUUGAAAGAAUUGGAAAGUAUCAAAAAGCUUGUUGAAGAAUUGAAAUCAAAGAUACAGAAGGAACAGUUUGAAGUGAACUUGAAUCUUCAGCUUGGCGAAUGUGAUAGAAAAUCAGUUGUUGAAGAGAAUGAAGAAAAGGAAAACCAGAUGAGUCAAUUGAAUGUUCUUCAACAUUUCAGACAAGGUUUUUCUUCCCAUCUUCCAUCUGUGUCGGGUUUAAUAUUACAGGAAUUGAAGCAUGCCAAGUUGAAUUUAACCAGAACUACUGUUGAUCUCGCUGAUGUCCAAACUUCUGUCGAAUCUCUAAAUAAGAAGUUAGAGAAGGAAAGAAUCUCACUUGAGAAAACGCGUGAGAGGUUAGCUCAAAAUACUUCAAAAAUAUCUUCUCCUAAGGAAGAGCUAAACCAUACCAGAUUAAGGCUGCUAAUAGCAAAAGGGGUUGAAAUUAAAGAUGCUUCAGAUGAUCCUUCGGUUAUUACUAGAGAGCUCCAGCGAUUGAGUUUUGAGGCCGAGAAUUUCAAAAUAAUGGGAGAAUCUGCAAAAGUAGAAGUUCUGAGAACAAUGUCUGAGAUUGAACAGACAAAAACCAUGAUAAGAACGGCUAAAAUCAGAUUGGUUGCUGCCAGGAAAAUGAAAGAAGUUGCAGAAGCUUUUGCCCUUGUAGAAAUUAACGCAUUAUCUAAUAAUGAAAAUGAGAGUUUACCUGAAAAUCAUAUUAUUCUUUCAUUUAAAGAGUAUAUCGUUCUGACAUGCAAAGCCCAUGAUGCAGAGGAACAAUCUAGGAAGAGAGUUACAAAUGCAAUGCUUGAAGUUGAUGAAACAAAUUUGUCAAACGUGAACAUUUUGAAAAGGGUAGAAGAAGCUAAAGAGGAAGUUAAAACCAGCAAGAAGGCCCUUUUGCAAUGA